AUGACUCUGAAUGAUAUUUACGGAACAUAUUUGAGAAGUAAUAGUGUCAAACUAAAGCCAACUAGAAUAAAUAUUAACAGAAUAAAAACAACAAAAAAGUAUAACCAUGAUCUCAAGGUUGGAGAGAUUAACUUCAACGCUAACACGGGGUACGGAUUCAGGAAAGUAGUCAAGGGGUUCAGAACAAUUUGGAAAGCCAAAGGUCAUAGAGAAUAUGCCAACAAAAUCGUGGCAAAAAGUGAUGAAAUAAUAAAAAAAGUAAGGGAAGUAACCCUGUACCUCGUUAAUGGUGACGUUCUCAAGCUGCACAAACAGGGCAAAAAGUGGAUACAAAAUAUCAUUACAUUAAACAUUAACGAAAGAGGAAAAAUAGAUGAAACCAAAUAUAACAUUAAGAUGAGCACAACCAUGAGAGAUUGCCACAACAAAGUCACUAAAAAAAUUGAAAGUAAAAGGGUAUUGAUAAAGGAAUUCAUCUGUGUAAAUGACUACGGAUUUGAUAAGAUUGUUGAGACUGUGGAUCUGGAAUUAAACCAGAAUGUAAUUUGGAAGAAGACAGAAAGAUCAGUCUAUGCAAUCAACGUGGCCUUAGCCACUUGUAGUACCGAUGAAAAAUUCAUGUCAUUGGGAAGCAGAAGAGGAGCUUAUGAGCUAUUUUACUGGACAAAAGAAACUGGAAAAUGGGAAAGAAUAACCAAAAACAAUCUCAAUAUGCAAACUUUCAAAUUUAACUAUGAUCAGGAGAAGCUGUACAAAUUCGUGGAACAGGGUUUGAUAAAAUAUAAAGAAAAGAUUGAGCGUUUCAGUUAUAUGAUGUACUUUGAAUUUCCAGACAAUUUUGAACCAAAAAAAGAAUACAGCCUAGCGAAAAUCCUGGAAUAUGACAUAGUUGAAAAUACCAUCAAAAUAACCUACGAUAAUGACAAAACUGUGAUUCAUGACCUGAAAAAUGACAAAUUUGACCUAUUGAUCAAAAAAGAACAGCAGAUCAUUGAACCCCAAACACCUUUAAAUCAUACUAACGCUGUUGAAAAUGAAAAGGAAAGUUUGGCGACAAAAUUUAACCAAUUAAAUGAUAGUACUAAUGGCAGUAACUUUCAUAUUAUUUCUGAUCUUAAUAAUGCUACCAAUUAUAAUAGAAUUAACAAGGUUGAUACCACUGGUAAUGUUAAUACUGACAUUGACACUAUUAAGAAUGAAUCAGGCACUUCUGAUCGACAAAAUGAUAAUACAAAUAAUAUUAUUAAUACCCAAACGGAUGCCAACGGCAUUGUUAAAUUAUGUGAUAAUAUGAAUCACAUUCAAAAUGGAAAUAAAAAUGAAUCGUAUGACAACGUUAAGGUAAAGGAAAAAAUAAACAAGUUGGUAGUAUUGAACAUAGAUGAUGAAACCCCAAAAAAUGAAUUUAGUUUUAUUAAGAGAGAUAAUUAUAAAGAUUAUUCGUGCUACUUUGACUUUGUGAUUAAUAAAAUAGUUGAAAACAGUGAAAAAAAUGUACUUACAAAAGUGGUUUGGUCAACUAAUAAUUCCAACGAGUAUGUAAAUAAAGUCUCAAUUUUUGAAGUAAAAAAUGAAAAAUUCUUAUUAAUACCAUUCAAAGAUUCCAAGUAUAAAAUGUAUCAUAAAGCCGGCAAAAACAAGAGUUGGGAAGAUGUUACAAAUGACAAAAUCGACCUGACUAAGUUUAAGUUAAUCGAUGAAGAUGGAAUUGACAUCGACUUAACUGAUGCAAUUACCUAUAAAGAUAAGUUUACGUUCGAAAUAUCCCCUGAAGAAUUCAGUUAUAAGGUCAAGUACAGAAAUAUUAACAUCUCUACUCUAGCAAUUCAAGAGAAUGGUGAUGGAAAGAUGAACGAAGUUGAUGUCGAUGUUCUGAAAAAUGAAAUCAAAUUUAUUUACACAAACGGUGAAAUCAAGUCCAUAAAAAUUAACAAAUAUUUCGUUUAA